AUGUCUUCCCUUUACAACCUGGAACCACAACCUACUGCAUCCUGCAUUCUACAUACCACCUCCGGCGACAUCAGUCUCGAGCUCUGGGCCCAACAGACGCCUCUCACCUGCCGAAACUUCCUCCAGCAUGCUCUCGAUGGCUAUUACGAUGGGACCAUCUUCCACCGAUUAGUCCCAGGGUUUAUUCUACAAGGUGGUGACCCAACAGGGACGGGGCAUGGCGGCGAGAGCAUAUACGAUGGCGGCGCAUUCUCCGAGCCUAGGGAAGAAGGGGGAAUAUGGCCCAUGGAAGAUCGAAAGGGUGCGAAUGCCGGGAUGCGGGGGGUGGGAUUCAAAGAUGAGUUCCAUAGCAGGUUGAAGUUCAAUCGCAGGGGAUUACUGGCGAUGGCGAACGAAGGGACGGAGAACACGAAUGGAAGUCAGUUCUUCAUUACGCUUGGGAGCACACCAGAAUUACAGGGAAAGAACACACUGUUUGGACGAGUGGAAGGCGACACGAUUUAUAAUGUUGCGAGGAUGGGCGAGAUGGAGGUUGGCGAGGGGGAUAGACCUACUUAUCCGGUCAAGAUUACGGGUGUAGAGAUCCUGGUCAAUCCAUUUAAGGAUAUGGUUAGGAGGGAGAGAGUCGCGGAGCCUGUGAUCCAGAAGGCGCCGGAGAAAAAGAAGAAGAGGAAGGCUGGGAAGCAGCUGUUGAGUUUUGGGGGCGAGGAAGGUGAUGAGGAGGCGGCGCCGGUUGUGAAGAGGACGAAAUUUGACACGAGGAUUGUGAUGGAUGCCGGGAAUGUUGAGCCAGAGCCAAAACCGGAGCCUGAGAAGGAAACCAAAAAGCAAGUCAGGAAACCGGUGUCGGUCGAAUCGUCGCCUGAGCCAGCGCCAGCACCAGCACCAGCACCACCAAAAAGUCUCCCUAAUCGCGCAGCGAAGGUACAAAGUCGAGAUGUCUCAUCUUCGCCGGAGCCUGAACCGGUUCAAAAAGUGUCGUCGGCUCUUGAUCGCACGAAUGCGCAAAUAGCCGAGCUCAAAGCAUCUAUGAAGCGUAACAUCCAAGUUGCACCUGUCAAAGAGAAGAAGAAAUCUGCUCUUGAGGAAAUGAUACCUGCAAAUUCUACGCGUGGCCGGAAACGAAAUCCAGGGGGCAACACAUCGUCGCAGGCUGACCAACGAGCAUUAGAUAUUCUGAAUGCGUUCAAAGCGAAACUUGCGCAAGCGCCACCUGAAAAGGAAGUCUCGAAAUCCACCAAGCUUGAGGAUGACCCUGAGCGAAAGGAUGGAGAAGCAGCAGAUGAUGAAGAAGCGGCACUUUGUGACCUUCACUUUAUCGCUAAUUGUCAAUCGUGUAAGAAAUGGGAUGCCGAAGAAGAAAAGGAAGAAGAGGAGGAGGAUGAUGGAAUUGGGUGGAUGUCACAUGCGUUGAGUUUCAAGGAGGACAAGUUGGGGAAGGACCUUAGUUACAGGAAGAAGGCAGAAGAGGAACUCGUGGUUAUUGAUCCAAGGGAGAAGGCGAGGACCCUCAAGGAAGAGAAGCGAGCGCAGAGAGAGGCCAAGGCUGGUGGGACUGGUAGAGCCUGGGACCAAGCGCGGAACGAAAAGCUGGCUAGAAGCGCGGCUCUGGCAGGGAGAGGUGCUAAGUCUAGAUCUGCAGUAUCCCGAACUCCCCGCCUUGCCCCAGGCACAACGAGUUAUCCGCCAUCCAGUCUCAGCUCUUUGUCGCGAACAAUAGAUCUUCUCUGGAAGCUCCUCAGAACAUCUACCAUUGGCACCGCCGUCCCUUUCAGACCCGCGCCGCAUUUAAACCAUUCGACCUGGCUACCACAGGACCAUCUGCUCCCCUCCGGCGCCAACCAGAAUCUCCACGACGAUCCAGCAGUCAAACGGCGGAAAACAGAGGAUACAGAGGAUACAGAGUCUUUGCGAAUACCUUCCGAGGCUAUCGGUACGGAUAAGAUAGCGGAGGCGGCCCGGAAGGCUGCAGUCAGCCUCGACUCCACCCGAUCUUUCACCAACCCACACAUCUGCGAGAGGAACCUCCAAUCGUCCCUUUGA